AUGCGUCAGUCUCCGCUUCUUUUCGUCGUUAUUCUCGUCGGUGUUCUUGAGAAUGCUGCUCCCUUCAACUUUCUGGUCAUCUCCCCCGUUUACGGAUUCAGUCACAUGAAGUACAUGGCCGCUUUGGCGAAUCAGUUAGCUUGGGCUGGACACAAUGUGGUAAGAUUCUAUUGUUCUGUUGCGGGUCCAAUGAUGCAUUCGCAGACGUUUUUCCAACCAUUCGUCGUCGAUGAAUACCACGAUCACGAUUUGAUAAAAGAGGAUUCGAUCGAAAUCUGGAACUAUUUUCACGACGAAGAGGGAAUGAGGCACAUUCCCCCGCAGAGCUGCAUGCGUCACGCGUGGCACUCUUCCAUGUAUCAAUCGGAUGUCGGUGCUGCUGUGCUACUUUCCCGAUAUUUGUUUCCAGCAUUUGAGCACAUGUGCAGAAGUGAGCACUCAGAGAAUUUUGAGCAAUGGUGCGGCACGUAGCAAGCAAGCUGUUGCACAGAACAGCACGGGUGCCCACUGGAGUCGGCAUCCAUGCUGUUCUGUGCAGCAGCUUGCUUGCUACGUGCCACACCCUUGCUCAAAAUUCUCUGAGUAAUGCUAAGGUGUACACUUUCAAAAAAAAAUUUCAGAAAUGUUCGAGGACACUGAACUUCAUCAGGACUUGAAAAGCCGUAAUUAUGACGUGGUUUUAUCAGAAGCGUUCGAUUUCUGCGGACUAUGUUAGAGCAUAACACAAAUCUUGUUCUUUGAAUUCAUAAUUCAGACCUUGCCGACUACCUCUCAAUGCCGUCUCUUAUCUCGACUUUCACGGGAAACCGACUGAAUGCUCUCGCUCCGUGCUCGGAGAGCCCUCUUUCCUCCAUUACCUUCCUGCUCCCACGUCUCGCUACGGCGACGAAGCGACUUUGUGGGACCGCGCGAACGACGUCUGGCACAAGUUCUUCUCGUCGUACGGCUUCGCGCAACUGUUCGAAAUGCAGUACCAACAAGUCCAGAAACUGACAAACGGGAAAGUGAAACACUGGACGGACAUCAUUCACGAGGUCACCUAUCACUUUUCCAACUCCAAUCCUUAUCUCGAUUUCGUCAUUCCGACAAUUCCGAAAGUAGUGCCGGUCGGAGGGAUUACGGUAGACCGAGAAGAUCAGAAGCCGACGGACGGACAUUCGGAGCAGUUGGAAAUGCUUCUGAAUGCCAGGAAGUAUACAGUAUUCGUUUCGUUCGGGUCAAUGGUAAGAUCUGUCGAUAUGCCCAAAGAAUACAAGUGAGUCCUCAAUUCCAUUCGCAAAAAUGUCAAUGAGAUGUUCAGAGAAGCGAUGCUCGAAAUGUUUGCAAGUCAAUCGAAUGUGACAUUCCUUUGGAAGUACGAGUCUCUAAACGACCAGGAAGUGUUGCAGUCACUUCCAAGAAAUGUGCACAUUGCAAAAUGGUUCUCGCAAAGUGCACUUUUAAGUGGGUGAUUGUAUGAAACGAGAAAUAAGAAAGACCGUCGUUCAGGCGACCGACGCGUCAACGUUUUCAUCACGCACGGGGGACUGGGCAGUACGAUGGAGUUGGCGUAUGCUGCCAAACCGGCGAUUGUGGUAACGGGAUGAUUGAUGACAAGACGGGCGACGUACCGAUUCUUUCAGAUACCGCUUUUUGCUGAUCAGCCGGGAAAUGCGAAGAUGAUUGCGAGGCAUCAGAGUGUGGAAGUGUACUCGAAGCUCGACAUCCAGAACUGGAGGAAACUGAGCAGUCUGCUUCAGAAGAUGCUCACCACUCCAUCGUAUCAGAAGCACGCCGAUCGGCUAGCGGAGACACUGCAAUUCCAGCCGAUUCCGCCCGCAGAUCUGAUGGUCAAACAUGCGGAGAACGCUGCUCGAUUCGGAAGAAUGCCCUUUUUGGUGCCUCAUGCGAAAGACAUGCAUUUCAUUGAAUUUCAUAACAUUGAUCUUCUCGUUUUGAUAACUGCACUUUUUAUGAUAAUUAGCUAUGCUGUGUGUAUUGUUUAUUGGAAAGUGAGGAGUUUCCUCAAAGUAAAGGUAGAAUAAAUCGAUUGAACGGGUAUACUGACACAAAAGAAGUAAUCGUGAUGUCUGCCACAGUUGGGAACAAAAAGGAAAAGAAAAGAGAAGAGGAAUGUUUCGCUUCGCGGUGUCUAGACGGUUUUUAUCAUUAUCAAUGCACUGUUUGAUUGAACAGUUGGUUGAAAGGAGCGCAUGACCCGACUAUUGUAUGAUAAAGUUGGUCGUAGAAGACAUUCUCUCUCAGAUAUGAAACGUCUUUUAACUUUUUCCAUAUUAAUUCUCAAUAUCGCACUUGUCAUUGAUGCCUUCAACUUUUUGGUUAUUUCGCCCGUCUACGGGUUUAGCCACAUGAAGUUUAUGGCUACAAUAGCCAAUCAGUUAGCAGAAGAAGGGCAUGAAGUGGUGGGAACUGACUUUUUAUUGUGAUUAUUGACACAAAUCUCUGGGCUCUCAGACAUAUUUCCAACCAUUUGUGAUAGAAGCCUAUCAGAAUCACACACUUCUCAACGGCGAUUCCAUAAAAGUGAUUAGCUACUGGCACGACGAAGAGGGUCGGAAGCACAUGCCUCCGAGCAACGACCUGCACGACGCCUGGUACUCGGGCAAGUAUCAGUCGGCUCUUGCCUCCGUUCUCGUCAUGCCCGGAUUCUUGUUUUCCGCCUGGGAGCACAUGUGUAGAAGUGAGCAAAUCAGGUUCAUUCCACUGAAGCCUUUCGCUUUUUUCAGAAAUAUUUCAAGAUAAAGAACUACACAAGCUACUGAGGUCCGGUAAUUUCGAUGUGGUCAUUGCGGAAACGUUCGAUUUCUGCGGACUUUGUACGCAUCUCUAUUAGUUCACUAGCUGACCACGUGCUUUCAGACCUUGCCGACUACAUCCAAGCCCGUUCCGUCAUCUCCGUUUUCACCGGAAGUCGUCUUCUCUCCAUUACCACUCCCCUCGGAGAACCUUCUUCGCUCCAUUACUUGCCUGCUCCGAGCUCGAAACAUUUCGGUCCAGGAGCAUCAAUGCUUGAUAGAAUCAACGACUUGUACCAUAAAUACGUGUUCGGAAGUGGAUAUGCGAUCCUUUUCGACUGGCAAUUCAAUCAAGUGAGCCGGCUGACGGAAGGAAAAGUUAAACAUUGGAAGGUCCGAAUUCUCCUUUUCCGCUUUCUUUGUAUUAAGUUUUUCAGGAAAUAAUGCAAGAUGUCACUUUCACUUCUCAAAUUCGAAUCCCUAUCUGGACUUCGCAGUGCCCACCAUAUCAAAAGUGAUUCCAAUUGGUGGAUAUGACGUGGAUCUGACCAAGGCGCCCAAACUUUCCGAUGAACUUGACGCCAUCUUGAACGAAAGACCAAUUACAGUAUUCGUGUCGUUUGGAUCUAUGGUCAAGUCGACGCUUAUGCCGAAUACUUACAAGUGACAAAAGAGCGACUUGUUUCUGUAUUUCGUUUAUAUGAUGAUUCAGAGAAUCAAUGCUCCAUCUGUUUGCUGCCAACUCUGA